UUGGCCAAGGUAGCCGUAGACCCUUUGACCGACGAUCCAAAGUCCCCGUGGAAUACUGUUCGACAAGAUGAGAUCAUUCGGGCAGAAAUCGCGCAGGAUGUCCGUCGCCUACCAGACGAACCGUUCUAUCAGGAAGAGCGAACUCAGGUGAUGAUCAUCGACGCGCUUUUCGUGUACUGCAAGCUACAUCCAAACAGCGGUGGCUACCGCCAGGGCAUGCACGAAUUAUUGGCUCCGAUCGCCCAUGUUCUCAACCAAGACGCGAUUGAUCGUGAAGCCGUCUUGUCAAACGGCGAUGCGGUCGAUGGAACGAUGUUGAACGUGCUCGAUGCGGCGUACGUAGAGCACGAUGCCUUUGCGAUGUUCUCGAAGAUCAUGGAGAAGGCUAAGGGGUUCUAUGAGGUGAAAGACUCCAUUUCCAAAGCGGCGCUCGCGUCCGCAUCGAGAGAUCGGGCGGAAUCUUCGGCAAUCGUUGAGAAGAGCAAGCAUAUCCACGAGGUGUGCUUGGCCAAAGUUGACCCAGAGUUGGCGAAUCACCUCAAAGAUAUAGAGAUUCUUCCUCAGAUCUUUCUCAUCCGGUGGAUUCGCCUUCUGUUCGGGCGCGAGUUCCCCUUUGACCAGUUUCUCGUGCUUUGGGACACCAUGUUUGCGGUCGAUCCAUCACUCAACUUGAUAGAUCUCAUUUGCGUCGCCAUGCUAAUUAGAAUCCGAUGGAGUUUACUCGAAGCAGAUUAUUCUGUUUGUUUGCAAUUGCUCCUGAAGUACCCAGCACCUGAGGCCCCGCAUGGCCCGCACACAUUUGUAGACGAUGCAGUUUAUCUCAGAACCCACUUGAACACGUCUGGAGGGGCGUCGCUCAUCCUGAAGUAUACGGGCAAGAUGCCAAGCACAACACCAUCCGCCAGCAGCUCCCGACCUUCGACGCCGAUGGGCCAAGCGUUUUCUUCUUUCAGGCAUCGGACCAAAGGACCCCAUUCCCCCAUACCAUCAGCCACGAAGUUCCUUCAGCAGCAGGGCGGCAUGGAGGCUCUGUUCCAAGGUGCCGCCAAGGGGAUGCUGGAGAGGGGAGAGAAGCUUGGUAUCAAUCAGGCCGUGCGUGAUGCGAUGGGCGAAAUCAAGCGUAACAUGCAGGGUCUCAACGAAGUGCGCUAUACUCCUCACAUGGCCAAGCAGCUACUCAACGAUGAGUCGGCGGCACAAGCCAUUUCCGCCUUGGAAAAGAGAAAUAAGUUACUGGCGAACAUGCUAGACGAAACGGUGUCUAGUCUGAGAUCCUUGGCCACGUCCGGCUUGGAUGACAAGGUUAAGACCCUUGAACUUGUCGAAGUGGCCGCGGCCAAGGUACAGUUUGUAAAGGUCUAUCUUGAGGACUCGACUAUCGAGGUUCCAGACUUGGAGAACAUUACAAGUCCGCCACCCGGAGAACAAGAGGACGUUCCAAUGGACAUAGGCCCCGAUGAUAGUGCUGUCCUCGGAGGCACUGUUGCAACUGAGGGCGUCACGGAUGUCAUCUCGACUUUAUCCUUGGCGGAACACAAGAGACCCAAGUCAGCAGACCCAGAACCAAUUUUGCCCGACGCGAUGGAUGUCAUCCCAGAUGAACCUGCGGGACAUCUGUCAGAAACUCCAUCUGUCCAUAUAUCGAGACCGGCGUCUGGCACUACGUCGCCAAAGGUCCAAAGACCUCAGCCCCCUAUCCCAACACGGUCAACCCUUGCACAAUCUUCUUUCUCCUGGAUGCUCGAACCAGACCAGUCGGCUCACUCAGGCACACCACCGAAACUACCAAAGGCGACUUCAGGGGGCAGCCACCGCAAGCGGCCGUCCGGCAACAUCAGCAGAGAGCGCAAUGCGUUCCUGUUCGGCGAGGUCGUUGCCGAGGAGUCGGAGGAUCAGGGCAAGCCAGUCAAGUCCGAUGACAUUUUCGGACUGCAGCCGAUGGGCAAGUCCAAGUCCCCUUUUGCAUGA